CAGCAAACAUUCGACGACACAACAAACAGUCAACAGCAAGUAGCAAUCAUCUAGCCUUCCUUCUUCGCUUGCAGCAGCAUCUGUACCUUCCUUCUCUCCUCUGUCCACCUUCCGCAGCUGAUUAAUGGCAACCAUGAUGGCCAUGAGCUCCUUCGCCGGUGCCGCCGUCCUGCCGAGGGGCUCGGCCGGCCGCUUCGGAGCCCGGUCUCUGCCAGCGCUGGGCCGACGCGCCCUCGUCGUCAGGGCACAGACCGACGGCCCGAGCGCACCACCGCCAAACAAACCCAAGGCGAGCACCUCGAUCUGGGACGCGAUGGCGUUCAGUGGCCCUGCGCCCGAGCGCAUCAACGGCCGCCUUGCCAUGGUAGGCUUCGUGACGGCGCUUGCAGUGGAGGUAGGGCGCGGCGACGGGCUCCUCUCGCAGCUCGGCAGUGGCACCGGGCAAGCGUGGUUCGCCUACACCGUGGCGGUGCUGACCAUGGCGUCGCUGGUGCCGUUGCUUCAGGGCGAGAGCGUGGAGAGCAGAGCCGGCGCCAUCAUGAACGCCAACGCGGAGCUCUGGAACGGCCGCUUCGCCAUGCUCGGCCUCGUCGCUCUAGCGGCCACUGAGAUCAUCACUGGCGCACCCUUCAUCAACGUGUAGAAUAAACUAGCUUUGUUGUCGACCAGAUAACACAACAUGUACUGAGUGGGACAUGUAAAUGAUGAGAAUUGAUCACCCUCAUAUUCUUUGUAUUGCUUAUACUAAUUAAAGACAGUUCAUACUACGGGAGCUGCUUUGUUUGUCA